UUCAGUUAGACGCAGACAGGAAUUCUCGCUAGAUUAUUAGCUGUGGUGGAGAGCCAUGAACAUCAUAAUCAUGUUGACGAUCAUGGGAGUUUGCACAGGAGCGCCCCAAUUCCUCGAGGAGCGUUACAACCCCACCCCCUACGCCCACCAAGCUGUCCUCCUAAGCUCAGCUAUGGAAGAUGCACUGCCUCGAGAGCUGAAAAAUCAUUUCUACGAGAAUCCGAAGACCGCAGCAGCACUCGCGCAAGACUCCUGGCUGGCCAAGAAGGAGAUGCAGGUGAUCGAUCGCGAGGCAGACAAGAUUCCAAGGCAAAAGAUAUUCGAUGCAUUACAACAGGCCGGACUCACCCGCUGAAGACACCCUCCCCCCAGUCAUCAAUCAUUUUCCUAUCGAUACAUUUUAUUUAUUACCAUUCAAACUAUUGUAAAGCCUUAUUCACUGUCUAUUAUUUUAUGUUUAUGACCUUCGAGUGCAAUCUCAUAUCUCAUUAUUCCUUGAUGAAAAAAAAUAUAUCAUCGUAGAGAAUGGUC